AUGAAGGACUUGGAAGACAAUGCGUCACAUCAACAGACAAAGCAUGCAAGAUCCUCAUUCGAUUUAGAAGAAACACACAAUCUCACUCAACGUUUGGAAGAAGAUAUUGAUGAGAGAGAACACCACAACAACAACCAAAAAACGAGCUCCUCUAAUUCAACCUUUAAUAUGAUACCUUCACCCUCUCCUAAAUUCCACAGUCAAACGAACAAGAAAGAAGAUUUUUCUUUAAACAAUUCAGAAGCAUCUCCACAUGCAAGAGCGUCCACACCUACCAAGACCGAGAUUCAAACAGGGCAAAAUUUUGUUCGUCUGCAAUCUCCCAAACGUAUUGCCUCAUCUCCAACACGUCAUCCCUUCUCAGAGUUGCGCAUUGAAAAGGUUUCAGAAGAGAGUGAAUCCCAAGACGAGGUUCUACCCAAAAUUAUCACCACUACUACUUCAUCUACUCUAAAGUCACAGCAACCAUCCACCCCCACUCCAUCAAUAACGAUCACUCCAACCUCUUCAGUACCUCCAAAACUCGCUUCGCCUUCUCCUGAAACUCAACAAGCUCAGCCUCUUCCAACCUCCGCAACAACCAACAAUCAAGCAGGAAGUAAUCAGUCUUCAAAACACGCUCAACAAAAUGCUGAGGACGAAGUUCCACAAAAAUCUUUAAAUCCAAAACAAAAACUAAAGAGCAUUCUUUCCGUUUUCAAGCUCACUAAGAAAAAGCAAGAGGAGGCGACACCUGCAGAAUCGUCAUCAGAGACUGAACAAAACAUGCAAGAUAAGGAUGAUAAUCAUUCAGUCUCUCAGAAACUAAAGAAAAUGAACAUGAACAAACUAAUUCCUCCAUUACAACAAUAUUUGAAAGAGAUUGAAGAAACUCUCAAGGAUCAAAAAGAAAAAUUUAACAAAAUGUCACUCAAUUACAAGCUGGAAAAUAAGGACGCCAUGGAGACAUUAUGUUAUUUGAAUUGCCCCAAAACUAAUGCCAAGCAAAGAAUACAAGCUGUGGAAUCAAUCAAAGCCAAUUUAUCGACUGAACAUAAGUGCUUGGCAGUGUUGGAUAUUGUUCAGUGUAGUCCAGUGCCCUUAAUAUCAUCCAAUGUUUUGGAGGCAAGCGAAUCAGAACAGUUUAACAUGCAAGAGCUUGAAAGUAUUGUGGGAGAACAAGUGUCGAGUAUGUGGCAGCUCAUUAUUAAUCAUAUCAAUGCAUUAAGCAAGGUGGAACCAAAAUGGAAAGAGCCACUCUUAAAGUUGUUUUCUGAAGCUCUCUGUCGGUCCAUCGUUCCAUCCACACUUUGCACAUCAGAGACCAAGAACAAGACCAAGUAUAUUCUCAAGACGCUCAUUACCAAAUCUAGAAAUGAUGUUGUUGAACGAAAUAUUCAAUCUGCGAGAGCUAAAAUAGAGAGUGUCAGUGCCAGCACUGUCCCUGCACACACCACAACGCCACCACAAACUCAAGAGACAGUCACCACACCACCAAACAACGAAGAAGAGACUGAAUCAGAGGAUCUUCCAGGUACACUCUCUCAAGUCGCUCAGCGCCCAAAUUCCAGCGUAGUGAAUCGAGUCAAGAAAACUUCUCGCUUAAUCACGAGUGUGAGUGCUUUCAAUCCAACAACCUUUGCGAAGUUGAAUAAGAACAUUCUUGGGGGGGAUGACACUACCUCAGAUUCAGAUGUUGAUAACAUUCUCGCACGACCUCGCUCUGUUUCUGCAUCAGAACAACCUUCAUCAAGACCUUCCAACUUGUCGGUUCUUUCAAAACCCAAAAAUGGAACCAUGGACCUUGAAGACGACCAUGAAGAAGAUGUAUUAGACUUUUAA